CUCACUAUUUAGAUGGAGGGAGCAGACAGCAAGAUGCGUGUCCUGGUGACAGGAGGCAGUGGGCUGGUUGGUAAAGCGAUUGAAAGAGUGGUGAAGGAAGGUGGGGCAAAGGAAGGGGAGGAAUGGAUUUUUCUCUCCUCCAAAGACGCCGACCUCACGGACGCGGCACAGACAAAGGCCAUCUUCCAGAAAUACCGCCCCACACAUGUCAUCCAUCUUGCAGCCAUGGUGGGCGGGGUGUUCAGAAACAUAAAACUAAACCUGGACUUCUGGAGGAAAAAUAUGCACAUAAAUGAUAACGUCCUCAAUACAGCUUACGAGUUUGGGGUGGUCAAGGUCGUCUCCUGUCUGUCAACCUGCAUUUUUCCUGACAAAACCACCUACCCCAUUGAUGAGACUAUGAUCCAUAAUGGUCCACCCCAUGACUCUAACUAUGGUUACUCUUAUGCAAAGCGGAUGGUUGAUGUUCAAAACAGGGCAUUACUUCAGCAAUACGGGCGUUGUUACGCGGCUGUUAUCACUCCUAACAUGUUUGGUCCCCAUGAUAAUUUUAACAUCGAGGAUGGACAUGUGGUGCCUGGACUGAUACACAAGACUUACCUUGCAUGUAAGGAAGGUACACCAUUGCAUGUUUGGGGUUCUGGUACUCCGCGGCGACAGUUUGUCUACUCGCUGGAUAUGGCUCGCCUCUUCAUCUGGGCGCUGAGAGAAUAUGAGGAGGUGGAACCAAUAAUAUUGUCAGUUGGAGAGGAGGAUGAGAUUUCCAUUAAGGAGGCUGCCUUGGCUAUUGCUGAUGCUUUUGAGUUUAAAGGCCAGGUUCUUUAUGACACCAGCAAAACUGAUGGUCAGUUUAAGAAAACAGCCAGCAAUGCUAAACUUCGCCGCUAUCUCCCAGACUUUAAAUUCACACCCUUCAGCCAAGCGAUUAAAGAAACGUGUGACUGGUUUGCCGCCAACUAUGACACUGCCCGGAAGUAA